UUACACAUAUUCUCAAUGGUGUAGUCACUGCUUUCUGGUUAGACCUCCCCAAGGAAAGAACAUGAGGAAGUGGGGGUUAUGGCAAGCUUGUCAGAAUAGACCUAUGGGAACAUAAGAGUGGCUCCUCAAGGGUCUGCCCAGCUCUCUAUUCUUACUGGAAAAAGCCCAGCUGUCACUGUUUUGCCAUGAUCUCAGUGACACUGUUUAAGCAACACAGAUAUCUGUUUUCCACUCAUCAGCAUUAUAUGCUAUAUGGUGUUUUUACAUGAGGAGACAUGUUCAGGACCUUUCUGCUGAAAAUUGAACUGGAAGCUAUUCUAAGCUAUCAAACUGAUUGUAUUUCUGAUUAAAAAACAUGGCCAUGUUCCAUACAAAGCACAAAUACCUGUGGAUUUACGUUUUGAACUAUGAGUAAUUAGAAAACAAAAAAAACAUGGAGACUGCAUAUGGGACGAGUUUGGAAGAACAUCAGGCACCUGUGGAAAUCUUGACCUUUUCGGCAAAAAAAUCCUCUACAGGAGGAGAGAAUGCUUCAGUAAAACCAUGUCAUCUUAUGUGUGACCUUAUCCCUUUAGAGAUAAGGCCACAGUUGGAGCCAGAUGGGGAUAUACGUAAUCUGAAGAAAAGCUUUACAUUUGACCAUUAUAACACUAUAGAACUAAGUGAGUCUGCAGGGCCUAAACAGGUCCUUGCUAGUGCAGCUCCUGGUACUUCUCAGGUUCUUGCAGAAAAUGAUCUCUCCAUAUCACCAUCAUCAAAUGAAGGCUGUUGCUGUAGCCCUUUACCUUCUGCUCAUGCAGCAGAGAGUCAGUUAUCCCAGACAGAUCAAAUUCAGCCUCAUCAUUCAAUAGACUUUUAUCCUGGAUGUGUACAAAGACGCUUUAAGCCAUGGGAGCCAAUUUCAAAUAGAUCAAUCAUCAGUCAGACAUGUGCAUCAGCCAUUGAGAUCCCUGCUGACCUGCGUCCAAGAAUCUUAGAUUUACCACACAUUGUGAAGCAAAGACCAAGCACUAUCACCUUCUCAGACAGCACCGAAUCAUCCUUCAUCAACAGCCAUGCUUCUCGCAAUGACAGCUCUGAUAGUGAAGAAUCUUCAGAGGAGGAGAAAGAGAAGGGUGACUCUAACCAUGAUGAUUACGGAGAUGGAGAUGAUGUUCACAUCGUCCUUGAGUGGGCUCACAGUAAACAUCUCCCCAUGGCUAAGAAGAAACAGAGGAAAAUGGAUUGCAUGGAUUCAUCAGAUGAAACACACAGCACCUGCGGUUAUGAGGCAGAGGAGGAAAUAAGCAGCAAGGAGGAGUCUCCGCAGGUCACAUCACCAUGGUCUGAGUCAAUGAGACAUCUCAUGAGGAAACUGGACCAGCUUAAUCAGGACAUAGAGGAAGCUCUGAGUGCAGGUUCAUCACCCUCUGACACACCUUGCAUUUCCCGCAAGGUACAGUGUGGUGCUGCUUCAAAGUCCUCAACAAACCAAACCCAGAAUGACACAGAUCUUCACAGAACAGACAGAAGGGAAUGUUGGAUCCAAGACAGAUCAUCUGCUUCUAGCAGCUCCUCAAAAGGAACAAGAGCAAGAAAUAAGAAAACAAUGUUUAACAAAUUGACCAAUCCAACAGGUGCAGAAAUCGAAGCAAAGGAGGCGUGUGACUGGCUGCGGGCAGCAGGAUUUCCCCAGUACGCACAGCUCUUUGAAGAUUCACAGUUUCCAAUUGGCAUCACGCCUGUGAAAAGAGAUCAUGACUUUCUGGACAAAGAUCUGGUGGAAACUCUGUGCAAGCGGCUUAACACUCUCAACAAGUGUGCUUCUAUGAAGCUCGAUGUCAAUCUUCCAAAGAAGAAGAUCGAAGACUCAGAUGAAGAAGACCUCUUUGCUAUUAGUGACAAAUGGACCUUUGAGAGGAGUAGCAGGCGUUGGUCCAGAUUACAGGACAUUGACUGUCUGCUUAGAAAGCACGGAGAAGGACAAACCUCCAAGGACGGGUUACCUCUGCACAAUACUACCAGUAGGGAGAGUGUUCUUACAGAUCUAAGUGAGCCUGAGGUCUCAUCACUGCACAGUGAAAGCAGCGGGGGGAGCGGUCAAAGGGGCCUUAGCACAGAAGACUCUGACUCCUCUACCCGCACCUGCUCAGAUUCUGCAGCAAUGCCAGAUUCUACUUCUCUCACAAUGCCUCACAUCCCCAAAGAGUUUACCCACUAUGACUCUUUGCCUGAUAAACAAGGAAGGACCAGCCGCAUUCGUGCCAAAGACUUCUUGAAGCGCAUGGAGACACUAAGAUCCAGAGGUUCUGUAGUAAGGGGUCGGAAGACAUUGGUCAUCAGCUCUCCUGUCCUGCAGCAGGAGGCUCAGGCGCUGAAGACACUUAAUUGUGUCGAAAUCAUAAAUGGAGAUAGCGGAGCUCCCGAAUUUGUUUCUGGCAGAGAUUUGCCACCCCAGUCUGCUAGUGAGGGUAGUAGUCAUUCCAGUGGCAGCACUGUCAGCACACCCAGUUUAAAAGAACGAAAGCCUCACCGAGCUGACCAAAAGCGCAGUGGCAUGUAUUUGGAAGACUUAGAUAUUUUCUCAGGAAACCAAAUGAACAAAUUUGCAGAACAAAACCGGAGAAAUGAAUUCUGCUCCUAUGAAGAUCUAGUGGUCCACAUUCCUAAAGACCAUAAGCCAGGGACAUUUCCUAAAGCACUAUCCAUAGAGAGCCUGUCCCCAACUAAUGGAGCAUCCAUUAACUGGCACACAGGAAGUAUGCACUUGGACUCCACGCUAAUUCCAUGCAGACAGGAAUCCAGGCCUGACAAGCAGGGCUGCUCCAGAGGUAGCCGAAUAAGUGUCUAUGACAACGUUCCUGGGUCACACCUGUACGCCAGUACAGGAGACCUAAUAGACCUGGAGAAAGAAGACCUCUUUCCUCACCUGGAUGAUAUACUGCUACAUGUAAAUGGUCUGCAGCAGAUAGUGGACCACUGGUCAAAAAAUGUACUACCUGGAGGAGACGGGGCAGUGCAGGUGGAUGGUGAAAAGGAAGAUACGGUACAGCUACAGUCCUCAAGUCAGAUCACGUUGGACUUUGAGGAAAACUCAGUUGCAGAAAGCCAGACUACUCCUGGGGAUGGAGACAGAGAUAAAGUUUCUCUAACUGAGACAGAAUCUACAAGGUUCAGGGAAAGGAGGGAUUCUGGAGUCGGUGCUUCACUAACCAGGCCAAACAGGUUACGAUGGCCAAGCUUUCAGAUAUCCAAUCGCAUAAGUCACUCAAUGACAUCACUACAGAUUACAAACCAGUCAGCAGGCCAGCUGAGUUUGUUGCAGAAGUUUUCUCUUCUUCGUCUUACAGCAAUCAUGGAAAAAUAUUCCAUGCCAAACAAGCAUGGCUGGACAUGGUCUGUGCCAAAAUUUAUGAAGAGAAUGAAGGUACCGGACUAUAAAGACAAGAAUGUGUUUGGAGUACCACUCAUAGUGAACGUGCAGCGCUCUGGGCAGCCCUUGCCACUUGGCCUACAGCAGGCAUUGAAAUACCUGCGAAGUCAGUGUCUUGACCAGGUGGGUCUGUUUCGAAAAUCUGGGGUGAAGUCCCGAAUUCAUGCUUUAAGACAGAUGAAUGAAAGUUCUCCAGAUAAUGUAAACUAUGAGGACCAGUCUGCCUAUGAUGUGGCUGACAUGGUGAAGCAGUUCUUCAGGGAUCUACCUGAACCCUUGCUCACCAGUAAACUAGGGGAGACUUUCCUUCACAUAUACCAGUAUGUACCAAAGGACCAAAGGUUGCAAGCUGCCCAAGCAGCCAUAAUGUUGAUGCCGGAUGAAAACCGAGAGGUGCUGCAAACGCUCCUCUGUUUUCUCAGUGACGUCACUUCCUCCGUGGAGGAAAACCAGAUGACACCCAUGAACAUUGCAGUGUGUCUAGCACCUUCCCUGUUUCACCUCAAUAUUAUGAAGAAGGACAAUCUGUCACCAAAGGCCAUGCAGAAAAGGUAUGCCACAGGCAGACCGGACCAGAAGGACCUGAAUGAAAACUUAGCUGCAGCACAGGGCCUUGCUCAUAUGAUCAUGGAGUGCAAUCGGCUCUUUGAGGUCCCGCAUGAAAUGGUUACUCAGUCGCGCAAUUCCUAUGUGGAGGCUGACUUGCAUGCCCCGACGAUCGAUGAGCUUUGCAGACGGAUAGAUGAGGGUGAUGGGAUCUAUCAAACACAUUUGGACCGGAGACUUCAAAAUUUCCUUAAAGAGGCCAGAGAAAAGUCCAAAUACUGGGUCUCAUGCAAUAGUUCUGAUAACACUGAGCUCUACUACAAAAAGGUGGGGGAUGGAAACCCUUUAAGACGUUGGAGAGUGUCUGUGGAAGUGGAAGCACCACCAUCGGUGGUGUUAAACCGCGUACUGAGGGAACGCCACAUGUGGGACAUGGACCUGAUUCAGUGGAAAGUGUGUGAGACUCUUGAUAAACAAACAGAGGUGUUUCAGUAUGUCCUCAGCCGUAUGCCCCCUCAUCCCAGCAGGGACUUUGUAGUUCUCAGGUCUUGGAGGACAGACUUGCCAAAGGGAGCUUGCUCAUUGGUUUCUGUAUCCAUAGAGCAUGACGACUGCUCUCUAAUAGGAGGAGUUCGAGCUAUGAUCCUAGAGUCAAACUACCUUCUGGAACCCUGCGGCUCUGGAAAGUCACGGCUAACUCAUAUCUGCAGAGUGGACUUAAAGGGAAGAACUCCAGAUUGGUACAACAAAGCAUUUGGUCAUCUUUGUGCUGCAGAGGCUGCAAGAAUCCGCAACUCCUUUCAACCACUGAUCACAGAUGGACCUGAAACCAAAAUCUGACACUGUUAUGUCAAGUGAAUCUAGAGAUCUGGACUGAACUGUCGAAAUAUUGCUAAAAGCCUAACAUGUAAGCAGAGAGAUGAGGUCAGCGUCCUUAAACAAAAGCACAUUUGCAUUGGUAAAAGAUCUCUGAAAACAGUUCAAGUCUUUCCACUUGCACAGGAGGUUAUUUUUAGGUGCUAAGCAUAACUCAUUUAGAAAUUAUUUAUAUUGUCUAGGCUUUCAUGUCUUAAUUUUAUUUUACCUGCAUUUUAUGAAUUAAUUAAUAUUAUUUCAAUAAUAUGUGUAAUUGUUAUUAUUGCUAUUAUUUACAAUGUCCAGGACAUUCAACCUCUUGAAGGCUUCUGAGAAGCAUACAUUAAUCAGUUCCGUUUUAAAUAUAAUGUAAUUUUUUACACACAGGUGUUUGUGUAUUAGUGUAUAUUAUUAUAUUCUGUAAAUAAAGACAGAUUGUAAAUUCUGUACAUAUGAAAACAGGUAAAUAGUAUAUUCUUAUGUUAAUUUCAUGCAUAUUGAUUCUUACAUGGUCAGCCUUCUUUUAAUUCACAUGGUACAAGAUUGUAAGCUGGUUUUACCUUUGUCAUGUAAUGACAUUUUUGAAUAUGUGUAAUUUUAUCACACGCUGACCUCCAAUAGUUGUGGAAAAUAAUGACUGAAGGUUUGACUUGUUCACACCUGCUUUAUGGUACUGACUUAUACGGUCAGACACAAGACACAGUUUUUUUUUUCUUUGUUUAAAUAAACUACCUUUAUUAUGAAA